AUGUGGAGCUUACUUUGCCUGCGCAAUUUGACUGCAUUCGGUGCAUUGCUCACAGUGCUGGCGCUUGUAACUGGCGCCAAUGGUGAAGAUAACAACACAGCAGAGGGACUCGAUCGUGAGCUAUCCGACAUGGUGCUCACCACAGCGUUGGGUAAAAUACGUGGCACACUGUUGCCCUCGCAAAUCGGUCGUAAUUUUUAUGCAUUUCGUGGCAUACCCUACGCCAAGCCACCCGUGGGUGCUUUGCGCUUCAAACCGCCCGAGCCAGUAGAUCAGUGGUUUGACAUUUUUGAUGCAACUUUCGACGGGCCGCGUUGUCCGCAGCCCGGCCUUUACAGCGAUGAUGUUUCGGAGGAUUGUUUGCGUGUCAAUAUCUAUACACGUGAUUUGCCUACAGAGAACGAACCGAAUGUGAAAAAGCCGGUUAUUGUAUUUAUACAUCCGGGCGGUUUCUAUGCGCUCUCCGGACAAAGUAAAAACUUCGCUGGACCACAAUAUUUUAUGGAUCGUAAUAUUUUACUCGUUACAUUCAACUAUCGGCUGGGUUCGCUUGGCUUCAUGAGCACCGGUACGGAGGAGGCGUUGGGCAAUAUGGGUCUGAAGGACCAGGUGAUGCUACUGCGUUGGGUGAAAUUACAUAUAUCACGUUUUGGCGGUGAUCCCAACUCUGUAACUCUGCUGGGCUAUGGUGCUGGUGCUAUAAGUAUUACACUGCAUAUGGUUUCGCCGAUGGCCAAGAAUCUUUUUCAUAAAGCAAUCGUUAUGAGUGGUGCAGUAACGGGACAGUGGCCAUUACCGGUCGAACAGUUGAACUUGGCUGUACGUCAAGCGGCCUUGCUGCAUUGCACCACCGAAAAUUUAACGGAUAUGAUGAGUUGUUUGAAUUCGAAACACUAUCUGGAGUACGCCAACACUUUGCCGCAUAUGUUCGAGUUCGGACGCAACAAUCCGCUCAUAUUAUGGAAACCUGUUAUCGAACCGGAUUAUGGUCAGGAACGCUUUCUCACGGAGGAUCCAGUCAGAUCCUACCAGAAUGGCAACUUCAUGAAAAUACCCAUCAUAACCGGCAUGACAAAAGAUGAGUUCGCUGGACAGGCAAUAUCGAUUCUUGAGAGCCCACGUCUCCUGAAAACCUUAGCACAUAAUUUUGAGCAAAUUGCACCGAUUUGUUUCCUAUACAGCGCCAACAGUCCUCGUUCGCAGAAUAUUAGUAUGGAGUUGAAGAACGCUUAUUUCGGCAGGGAGUCCUUAGAGUACGCUGGCACACUACAACCAAUGGUGGAGCUUUUCUCUGAUGCUCUAACGGGUUUCGGCGUCCAUCGCUUUGUACAUUUGGCGGCGCGUUCGACUAAAGUCUAUUACUAUCGCUUCAGUUUUCAGGGCCAACGCAGUCAUAUUUACUACCCAACUAAUAAACCCUAUGGUGUUGUGCAUCACGAUGAUCUAAUGUAUUUAUUUGUGGAACCCUCUGUUAGCCGCAUGUUCACUGAGGACGAUAGAGAAUAUCAAAUUGUCGAUAAGCUAACGAGAAUGUUCACAGCAUUCGCUUAUAAAGGCGAUCCCAACAAGCAGAGUGACGAAAAAUUGCGCGAUAUACGUUGGCGCGCUUUUAGCUUCAAGCGUCAGCACUAUUUGGAUAUUGGCGAGGAAAUUGUACUGCGCGAGGGUCUGAAUACGCAUCGCUAUGAGGUGUGGAAACGUUUAUUUCCCUUGAAUUGGAAACGCCAAAGCAAACAUGAUCUAUUGGAUUAUGAGUAG